GUCCAUGUCACCAAGGACUUUUUCCAGGCAAAUCCGAAUGGCAUCGUACUAGAUAGCGUCAAAGAAGAUCUGCUUGGGUUCUUUUCAUUGGUUAUGUCGUACGCCAAAUCACGCGAGAAGGCAAGACUUCCGUCAUGCCCCGGACCGACUUUGUUUCCAUAUACAAGGCGGUCAAACCGACCAUGAACGGACGUUUAUACGAUUUAAGUCAAGGUACUUGCCUGCUACGCCAACACAGAUUGCUCUCUGCUGCAGUGGCUUCUUGGCAGCAAGCCGUGUCCAAGUCGUGCGCAAAUGUCACCUACAAAGAGGACGCUGACCCGACUGUGUCUGGAUGUGGAAACGGCCCACUCAGCCUCCCGCCGAGAGGGCUAGAAAAACGAACACCGCUUUGCGAUAACUGCAAUGCGCCAGUCGAAACAUGCACAUAUACGGCCACCAUAUGCGCCGGAACCGACCAUAUCACCUCUGUCCUCGCUGGUCCGGGUGGGGCAUAUGACAACCUCUUGAACGUGGCAUUCAAGAUGAAGCUUGAUGGCGACCCGGCGUUCAACAAAUUUCUGUGCGAGGCGAUUAUCGAAGGUCUGUCGGCGGCGGCAAUGGCUGUGGCGCCGGAACUCGCUGGGGAAGAGAUAUUCGCGGAUGUUGAGUUUCAGACUCUGUGUAGGGAACUGGGUCAAACGCUCGGAGAAAGGGAUUUGGCAGGUGGUACUUCUGGCGGGUUAUAAUGGGUUUAGUUGCGGGAGAUUGGGUUACUUCUUGUACGAUGCCGUGGCGGCUUCUUUCUUUCUCUACGAUUCACUGUUCUUUCUCUUUCUGUGUGUGGGGCUCGGCUCGGUUCGUCUUCUUCACGGGCCGGUAUGUUACUAGACUGUCUCAUCUAGAGAAGAGGGCUCGAUCUAGAAUCUAUACAAGGC